UUUAUUAGAAUCAUAUUAAAACAGAUGUCUACUGAUACACUUGAGUCAUGUGAUUCAAUAAUGCAAAUCAGAGGAGUUAUUGGAAAUGUCAUUUCAUCCUGUCACGCGGUCAGAACGGCCACUUGGAGCUUUUUUGAAAGUGAUCACUGCAUUACAAUUGUUCCUCAAAUUCAUGGAUCAAUAAUGCUGAAAGGACUUACAUGGCAAAGAGAAACUGAUGGGAAAAUGAAGCUGUAUAAAGGUGUCCUGCUGCUUUUUCUGGGACUGUUUAUUAAGGUUGCGGUGGCAGGUACAGACAAUUCCACACUGAUAUAUUAUAUAGAGCUUGAAUUCGAGUCAACGGUGGAUGUGAAUGUCACUGUGUUUCUGGACCAGCUGAAACGAAUUGACUUAUCAAAAGCAACUGUAAAACAAUUCAACUCUACAACAAAUUGCAACUUGACUGAGACAAACAAGCAAUGUCAAUGCAUGCCAGGAUACACAUGGAGUGAUGACAUGGACUGUACAAAUGAGUGCGAGCUAAAUAUUAAUACAACUGCAGUGUGUUUGUCUGGAAACAAAGUAAGCAUAGAUGGAACUACUACAAAUACAACUAUGGAUUGCAGCGUAUUAUGUGAUCAAAGCAAAGUUAAUAGUGCUGAGCACAAGGAGCUUCUCCAAACUCUAACUACAGAGCUUGCUAAACAAUACAGCACAUUGGAUUAUUUCAAUUCUCUGGUUAUCACCGGUUAUGGGUGGGGGAGUUUGGUCUUAAACUAUACUGUGAUCUAUCUUGGUCCAGUUUCAAUUGAUGAUCUAAAGAAAGUUGUUCUGCAAGUAAAUAAUACUAAACUGGUAACAAAAGGUAACAUAUCUUUUUUUUUUGUUUAAAAUAAUUUUCUUACUUAAAAAAUUCUUAAAUCAUGAAGCAUUUUCUAGACAAGCUAUGUCUAAAUUGAAUGUGUGAGCAUUAAAUCGUAGCAUUUCAUGUGUGUAGCAAUGUGCGAAAAUUUAAAACUAAAAGAAAUCUGCCAACGGGGCCAUUAUUGACAUAAUUGUUCAUAAAGCAAGACGAUAAUUUUGACAAUGUUUUGCUUGUCUAGAAAAGGCUUCUUGAUUUAAUCUUUUUUACGUAUAGAUCCUAGAAACAAGACUUUUUGCAAUGCAGUAAUACACAAUUGCACAAUCAUGACUUGUUAUUUUCUCCAAAGGUCUCAUCGAUAUUAAAAUAAAUAACACUCAGCCGGUUGAUAUUUACUCCUCUGCAACUAUAAUUUGUACGCCACCACCGAAUAUAGAAAAGGUACCUGUAAAGUGGUACUUAACAAACAGCCAGAAUAAAACCACAGAGAUUACAAAUGGAAUAGAAGCCACACUGACGACGAACCAAAACACAAUGAUAAGCACCGUUCAGCUGAACAACUUUUCAGAAAGCUGGAAAGGAACAUUUAAAUGCGUGUAUGCAAUAUAUGGCAUAAGUCACACAGCAAGUGAACAGCUGGACGUCGCACUUUUGCCAAACAUACAGGCUCUGAGUAAUCCUCAGUUUCCUAACUGUAAAAGUCUAUCAAGCACAAGCUUUAAAGUUUAUUGUAAUAUUUCCGCCGACUCUGAAAAUUACACUGUUACAUGGAAUCCCUCUACUUCUAGCACUACUGUUGACACAACGGGGAAUAGGAUAUCCUACAUAGCAUACGUGACCAUAUCUUGUAAAUCUAUAGAGACACUGAACUUUGCAUGUACGUUCAUCAACACUAGAUCCAAAAACAACUUAAACAGAACACAAAAUGUGCAGAUACCAAUCAUUUAUGCUUAUUCAACAGUCUGUGAUCCGGAGGGAGGUUGGCCCAUUGCUAAAAGCGGUUAUACAGCCACCAUGCCUUGUGACAACUCUGGUGUUGGUUGGAGAACAAGAAAAUGCAAUGGCACUAGGUGGUCUACUGAAAUCUCUACUUGUGUGAAUGCAAAUCUGUUUGACAUCAAAACUGAUGUACAGGAAUUAAAUAAAGGUAUUGGCUUCAUAAAGGACAAUGCAGACCAACUGUUCCAACGCAUAAAUGACUCGACCACUUUGAGGACGUUCACAUUUCCAAAUAUUGAGACAUCUGUAAACAUCUUUGGAGUCAUGAACGAUGUAUCUACACGCCAGCAAAAUCAAUGGAAUGAUACUGUCAUGUCUAAACUCGUCAGCUCUGCGAGCAAUCUCUUGAACGACCCAUCUGGCUGGCAAAACCCUGAAAAUAAAAGCAUAUUUAUUUCUGUAGAAUAUUUAAAAACUAUUGAGAGAAUGAUGAACAACUCAAAUCUGAUCUCGAAUACGCCUUACAUUUCUAGUAAUGCUCAAAUGGCGCUCUGUAAUCACACCAGUCCAGCAGACAUUUGCAAGACCUUUAAUGCUAGUGUCAGAAACUCAGAUAAUAGUGUUGUUGUUUUUGGAUUCCGGAACCUUUAUCAAAUUUUACCAAAAGCUGAGGGAAAUGACUCAAACACCACCAUCUUAUCAGUUACCCCUGUUAAUGCAAACAAUACGAACAGAAGUAUAACACUUGAGUUUGAUUCUGCUAAACAAAGGCUUCCAAAUCAUAUGAUAUACUGUGUUUACUGGGAUGAAAAUCUGAACGAGUGGUCUUCAGACGGUUGUAGAUGGGCUGGUGUAGACAACCCCACAUUAUGCAUAUGUGAUCACAACUCUGCGUUCACCAUACUGAUGUCCAAAAACGCAGAGACCCUUCCUUAUAUGGACGAACUGACCUACGCUGGCUUAGGAAUUUCCAUCCUCUCGCUUCUUGCGUGUUUAAUCAUCAAGGUUUUGGUAUGGGAUGCAGUUGUAAAGUCGCCCAUCUCCAAUUUCCGCCACGUGGCCUUAUUCAACAUCUCCUUAUGCUUGCUGUUAGCACAUUGUAUGUUUUUAACAACGUCCAAACCAGAGAGCAUCCCCCCAAACUGGUGCUCCAUCCUCACCUUAAUCAAGCACUUCUUUUUCCUUGCCGUCUUCUUCUGGAUGCUGUGCUUGAGUUUUGUGCUUCUCCACCAAAUGAUUUACGUCUUUGACCGUCUGCGCAAAAAGGUGUUUUUGGGACUGUCUAUCACUGUUGGGUACGCAUGCCCAAUAAUAGCUGUGGCAGUAACCUAUAUAUCAUUUAACAACGGUGCAGAAGGUGAAUACUACUCCAAAAGCACUUGCUGGCUCACAUAUAAGGGGACUCUGAAAGGCUCCAUCUUUGCCUUUAUUAUUCCUAUCGGUGCAAUUGUGUUUGUGAACCUGUUCACGCUGGCUGUGGUCAUCAUGAAGAUAGCAACUCCUUCUAUCUCAGAGGCAAAGGCUCGGGAUGAAAAGGACGUAGCCAAGAGCAUGAUUAAAACAAUCGUCUUCCUAAGCCCUGUCCUCGGAUUAAGCUGGGUCUUGGGAUUCUUUGUGCUGGGACUUGAUCUUACAGUAAAACCUUGGGCAGCACUAGUCAACUACUCAUUUACAAUAUUCAAUUCGCUGCAGGGCUUGUUCAUUUUGCUGACAAACUGCGUUGGAGAGAAAAAGGUUCGUGAUGCACUUCUGAAGCGUUUCAAAAUCAAGCAAUCAGUGCAUUCUAAAACUGAAAGCUCAAGCAAAGCGCAGUCUUCAAUCAUGAGGAAAUAAAUAUGGCACAGAUUUAGGUUUUUAAUUGAAAGAAGGAAUGCGAACAUUUUCAUGGAUUCAAUUCUGUCUCAUUCUAUGCAGAAUAAAACAGGUUGAAAAUGUCAAAUAUGUUAAGAGUUUAUUGUUUUUUUUUUUUUUUAAUAAUGUACAAUAAUUUGUGACUUCGCAGUUCAGGAAAUAUAAAUAUACAUUUACCAAGUCAUGAAUGUAUGCUUUGCCAUGUCAUGUUUACUGUAUUAUGAAUGUAUUCUCAGGGUAAAAGCUAUAUUUGUCUUUUUAUUUAUGUAUAUUCAUGUAAGUAUAUUUAUGCUUGAAUGUUUAUGUAUAGCCUGUUUGUUAAUAUUCAAAACUGAUGAACGUCUUAGAUAAAUAUAAUCUUUGGCAUAUGAUUUUAUUGUCCUCCAACAAUGCUUUCUUUAUAAUUUUAUAUGUAAAUGUGCUUUAAAAUUCAGAUGUUAUCCAAUAGUUUUGUAUUUUGUUCUCAUGGCAUAAUAAAACCUACCUUUUAAUUAA